ACCGUUAAUAGUUAAACCUAUUCCCGGUUAAUUCGGUCACCCAGUCUCCCUUCUCCGCCGUCAAACCUCUCUAUCUGACGGCGCUCCCCCUCCUUCCCGCACUCACCCUAAGUCCUAACCGGUUAAUAACGGUAAAAGAAAAACAACACAACAAUCCAUCAUUUCCCAGAAAAAAAAAGUGGAAAAAAAUAGAGCAAAAACCAGAACCAAGCAGAAAUUAACACAUCAUUUCUGGAGAGAGAAGAAUAAAAAAUAAAAAAUAAAAAAAUUUGUGCUUUGGUCUAUCUCUCUCAUUUCUAGAGAGAGAAAAAACAAAUAUUGUUAGAGAGAGAAAGAUAAUCAGGUUGAUUAAUAAUAAAAAAUAGAUAGAUUGGUGUUUUUCCACUUUCUUUCUUUGAUACUUUUUGAGAUUGUCUCUGUUUCGUUUCUUUUCUUUUUCUUUUUUCUUUUUAAUUUUCUUUCUCUACGCUCGAAAUUGACGAAACUUUUUUUCUUUUUGUAACGAGAGAGGGAGAGAGAUAGAUGAUAAGAAAGCAAAACCUAAUCUAUAAAAAGUUUCAGUCUCUUUGUAAAUUUUGAGAGAUUAUUUUCUGCUAGGGUUUGAUUGUUAUUGGUUCGAUUGAGAAGUGAAUCAUUUAGAAAUGUUGAUUAGGAAUGCGAAAUUGUUCGAAUUCUAGCUCCGAUCUUGAAAUUAGGGCUUUGAUUAAAGAUUUUUUAAAGCAAUGGAUGUGGAUUCCACGAUGGUGCCGGAUACCGAUCAAGAUUCACCCGUACAAGACGCUUCGCCGCCAACUGCAAUGGAUAGAGAACAACUAAGGGAUCAACAGCAGUCAGCGGGAUCUCCAACUUCUGUCGCGGCAGCGGCCGUGGCCGUGUCUCCUCCUGCGCAGCAGCAGACGCCUUCACAAGCUCAGGUUCAACAACAAAGUGUGGUGGGGCCGAGACACGCGCCUACUUAUUCGGUUGUAAAUGCAAUUAUAGAGAAGAAGGAGGAUGGGCCAGGACCAAGGUGUGGGCACACCUUGACUGCAGUGGCUGCUGUUGGCGAGGAGGGAUCGCCUGGUUAUAUUGGACCGAGGUUGAUUCUGUUCGGCGGUGCCACAGCUCUUGAGGGAAAUUCUGCAGCCUCAGGGGCUCCUUCCUCUGCUGGAAAUGCUGGCAUCCGACUUGCUGGUGCAACUGCUGAUGUUCACUGUUACGAUGUGUUAACGAAUAAAUGGUCUCGGAUUACUCCUUUUGGAGAACCGCCCACUCCAAGGGCAGCUCAUGUGGCAACUGCUGUGGGAACUAUGGUAGUUAUUCAGGGUGGAAUUGGUCCAGCUGGUUUGUCUGCUGAGGAUCUUCAUGUUCUUGAUCUCACACAGCAACGGCCAAGAUGGCAUAGAGUUGUUGUUCAAGGACCUGGACCAGGACCACGUUAUGGUCAUGUGAUGGCUUUGGUGGGCCAAAGGUAUCUCAUGGCAAUUGGAGGAAAUGAUGGGAAGCGUCCUUUGUCGGAUGUAUGGGCCCUUGACACAGCAGCCAAGCCUUAUGAAUGGCGUAAAUUGGAACCUGAAGGGGAAGGUCCACCACCAUGCAUGUAUGCCACUGCAAGUGCGCGCUCAGAUGGUCUUCUUCUGCUCUGUGGAGGGAGGGAUGCAAACAGUGUGCCAUUGGCAAGUGCCUAUGGACUUGCUAAACAUAGGGAUGGUCGCUGGGAAUGGGCAAUUGCUCCUGGUGUCUCUCCAUCGCCGAGAUAUCAACAUGCAGCAGUUUUUGUUAAUGCACGGCUACAUGUCUCUGGGGGUGCACUUGGUGGAGGUCGUAUGGUAGAAGAUUCAUCUAGUGUUGCAGUGUUGGAUACUGCGGCAGGCGUUUGGUGCGAUACAAAAUCGGUUGUUACUAGUCCUAGGACUGGCAGAUACAGUGCUGAUGCUGCUGGUGGGGAUGCAGCAGUUGAGUUAACAAGGCGUUGCAGGCAUGCUGCUGCUGCGGUUGGUGACUUAAUAUUUAUUUAUGGUGGCUUACGUGGUGGCGUGUUGCUUGAUGAUUUACUUGUUGCUGAGGACCUAGCUGCAGCUGAAACAACAACAGCAGCUUCUCAUGCUGCAGCUGCCGCUGCUGCUUCUAAUGUACAUGCAGGGAGGAUACCUGGAAGUGGUGGACGGUAUUUUGGUGAUGAAAGAUCUAGGCAGACAAUGCCUGAAUCAGUACCUGAUGGUUCAGUUGUCCUGGGUAAUCCAGUUGCCCCUCCAAUAAAUGGUGAUAUGUACACAGAUAUAAGCACUGAAAAUGCUGUGCUUCCUGGACCUCGGAGAAUGAGCAAAGGAGUGGAAUAUUUGGUUGAAGCUUCGGCUGCAGAAGCUGAGGCCAUAAGUGCCACUUUGGCUGCUGCUAAGGCACGGCAAGUUAAUGGAGAAGUUGAACUGCCGGACAGGGAUCGGGGCGCUGAGGCAACCCCUAGUGGCAAACAGAUAUCUACUUUGAUUAAGCCCGAAUCUGCUGGAUCAAAUAACAUUGCUCCAGCUGGAGUUCGGCUACAUCACAGAGCUGUUGUUGUAGCUGCAGAGACUGGUGGAGCCUUAGGGGGGAUGGUGAGACAACUUUCAAUCGAUCAAUUUGAAAAUGAAGGCAGGCGAGUAAGCUAUGGUACCCCAGAGAGCGCAACAGCAGCUAGGAAACUACUAGAUCGACAGAUGUCAAUCAAUAGUGUGCCCAAAAAGGUCAUAGCACAUCUUCUCAAGCCUCGUGGUUGGAAGCCUCCAGUACGACGGCAAUUUUUCUUGGAUUGCAAUGAAAUAGCCGACCUAUGUGACAGUGCUGAAAGGAUAUUUUGUAGUGAACCAAGUGUGUUACAGCUGAAGGCUCCUAUUAAAAUAUUUGGUGACUUGCAUGGGCAAUUUGGGGAUUUAAUGCGCCUUUUUGACGAGUAUGGCGCACCUUCAACGGCUGGUGAUAUCGCAUAUAUCGAUUAUCUCUUUUUAGGAGAUUAUGUUGAUAGGGGCCAGCACAGCCUGGAAACAAUUACUCUUCUGCUUGCUCUGAAGGUUGAGUAUCCUCAUAAUGUCCAUUUAAUUCGUGGGAACCAUGAAGCUGCAGAUAUCAAUGCCCUUUUUGGCUUCCGGAUCGAGUGCAUUGAGCGCAUGGGGGAGAGAGAUGGAAUUUGGGUUUGGCAUCGGAUAAAUCGAUUGUUCAAUUGGCUUCCUUUGGCAGCACUAAUUGAGAAGAAAAUAAUUUGUAUGCAUGGUGGUAUUGGCCGUUCAAUAAACCAUGUGGAACAGAUUGAGAAUCUUCAGCGUCCAAUUAGCAUGGAAGCAGGUUCAAUCGUGCUUAUGGAUUUAUUGUGGUCUGAUCCAACAGAGAAUGAUAGUGUAGAAGGAUUGAGGCCAAAUGCUAGAGGUCCAGGGCUGGUAACUUUUGGGCCGGAUCGAGUAAUGGAAUUCUGCAAUAACAAUGAUCUUCAGUUGAUUGUACGAGCUCAUGAAUGCGUGAUGGAUGGCUUUGAGCGUUUUGCCCAGGGACAUUUAAUCACACUUUUCUCAGCUACCAAUUACUGUGGUACUGCCAAUAAUGCAGGGGCAAUCUUAGUUUUGGGAAGAGAUCUUGUGGUUGUUCCAAAAUUAAUUCAUCCUCUUCCACCAGCCAUUUCAUCAGCAGAAGCUUCACCUGAACGGCAUAUUGAAGAUACAUGGAUGCAGGAAUUGAAUGCUAACAGGCCUCCAACGCCAACUAGAGGCCGUCCUCAAGUAACAAAUGAUCGGGGAUCUCUUGCUUGGAUAUAGUAGAAGCUUCUGAUUAUUUCCCUAAUUCUCAUUCUGGGCUCAUGCUGCCAACCUUGGAUUUCUGGUGUCUGUAUGGAGCAUGAUACCAGAUUCAGAAAUCUUGGAACUUGUGAUCGUUGUUCCUGAUAGAAGUUUGAAGGCUUUCUGAAUUUCUGAAUUUCAACAUGCAAGGCCAGAUGGCAGAAAGAUACAAGUUCUGAGAACCAGGUUGCAGGUGGCGGUUAGGUUCACGCAUUAAAAAGUUCAGUUCAGGAACUCCCGCCUUUGUAUAUUGAGCCACAAGCGGGUGGAAGUUGUUAAAGGUUGUUUAUUAAGUGGGUUGGUAGUGUUGGGUAUUUUUCACAUUAGUUAAUAUAUAUAUAUAUAUUUUUCUCAUUCCUCGUCUUAGGCCUAAUAUUUCUUUUUUCCUUUCUUUUUCUCAAAGGGGGCAUGUUGUCCUUAUGGUGAGAGUAUAUGAUAUUAUGGUGAGAGUACAUGAUAUAUAAAUCUUUGUGGGCGUCCAUGUAUCAUAGAGGUGCUGUCCUGUGUAAUUCUCUUUUCUGCGUUUUGUACAAUGUAAUUUGUGUGAAGAUAAGAAGAAUUUCGAGCGACAAAAUAUUUGGGAAGUUUUGGUCAGAAUUUCUUAUACUGAAAUAGGCUAUAAAAUAGAUUAAAAGUUGGGUCUGUUUAA